AUGACUUGCCCUCCCGCAGCCAAACGGCCACGGCUGGAGGCCAGGCCAAGUGUGACGCCUUGGGUGGAGAAGUACAGGCCACAGACUCUAAACGAGGUGAAGUCACAGGAGGAGGCGGUGAGUGCGCUGCGGGCCAGUCUUCAGUCGCGCGCAAGCAUGCCGCACUUUCUCUUUCACGGCCCGCCUGGCACGGGAAAGACAACGGCAAUCCUCGCCGUGGCGCGGGAACUUUUUGGGCCUGAUUACGUGCACAAGCGCGUGCGAGAGCUCAACGCGAGUGAUGAUCGAGGCAUUCAGGUUAUACGCGAAAAAGUGAAGGUGUUUGCGCAGACGGCAGUUGGCAAUGUUGGGCAAAAGACGCAGUCCGAUGGCAAAGUGUAUCCCGUUCCGCAAUUUAAGCUUAUUAUUAUGGACGAGGCAGACGCGCUGUUGCCGGAUGCGCAGGCCGCCUUGCGUCGGAUGAUGGAGGACUUCAGUGACGUCACACGUUUUUGCAUUCUCUGUAACUACGUCAGCCGCAUCAUUGAUCCCAUAGCCAGCCGCUGUGCCAAAUACCGGUUUAAACCGCUUGUUAAGCAAACCUUGUAUGAUCGGAUUCGUGAAAUUGCGCAGUCGGAGGGCCUAGCUGUAUCGGAUGCCUCGCUGGAGGCGUUAGACUGGGUGAGUGGCGGAGACUUGCGGUCCGCCAUCAUGUAUUUGCAGUACGCACAGAAGGCGCAUGGAAAUGAUCUCACACAUGAAGAUUUUUUGGAAGUUUCGGGUAGUGUGCCAAUGGAGAUGUUGCAAAAAUACUUGAAGGCACUUGUGACGAAAAACUUUGAUGAAAUGUAUUCCUUGACGAAGGAGCUUGUUGCGCAGGGCUACCCGGCAAGCCAGCUUCUUUCGCAGCUGCAGCGGUACAUUACAGAUCCAACCUGUCCCUUGAAUUCUCUUCAGCGGAGCUGCGUUGCGUUGAAGCUCUGUGAUGUGGAGAAGCGUUUGUCGGACGGCGGUGACGACUUGCUGCAGCUUCUGGACUUGGGGACCACCAUCUGCGCUCUGUGA